CUGGCGCUCUGGGCAUGGGGACCCCGCGGGCGCUGUGGCCGCUGGUCUGGGCCGUGCUGCAGCUGGGCUGGCGGCCCGGAUGGCUCCUAGACGCCCCCAGCAGGCCCGGGAGCCCCCUCAGCUUCUCCCCGGCCCGGCUCAGCGUACCCGAGGGGGCGAACGCCACCUUCACCUGCAGCUUCUCCAGCAAGCCCGAGCACUUCGUCCUCAACUGGUACCGCAUGAGCCCGAGCAACCAGACGGACAAGCUGGCCGCCUUCCCCGAGGACCGCAGCCAGCCGGGCCGGGACCGGCGCUUCCGCGUCACGCCGCUGCCCGGCGGGCGGGACUUCCACAUGAGCAUCGUGGCCGCCACGCGCAACGACAGUGGCGUCUACUUCUGCGGGGCCAUCUACCUGCCCCCCAAGACGCAGAUCAACGAGAGCCACCCCGCAGAGCUCACGGUGACAGAGGGAGUCCCGGAGCUGCCCACAGAGCGCCCCAGCCCCCCGCCCAGGCCCGAGGGCCAGCUGCAGGGCCUGGUCGUGGGCAUCACGAGCGCGCUGCUGGGGGUCCUGCUGCUGCUGCUGCUGACCUGGGCCCUGGCGGCCUGCCUCCUCUGGACGCCUCCAGGUGCCGCCCGCGGGGGCUGCGCCCGCGGGAGCGACGACCAGCCUCGGAAGGAGGCUGCCUCCGCCGCGCCUGCGGCCACCGUGGACUACGGGGAGCUGGACUUCCAGUGGCGCGAGAAGACCCCGGAGCCGACGGCCCCCUGUGCCCCCGAGCCCACCGAGUACGCCACCAUCGUCUUCCCGGGCAGGCCGGGCUCCCCAGGCCGCAGGGCCUCCGCCGACAGCCCGCAGGGCCCGCGGCCGCCGAGGACCGAGGAUGGACACUGCUCCUGGCCCCUCUGA